UAUGGGAACAAGCAGUUCUACUUUUCAAUUCAAUUUCUCACAAUAUUAAUAUUUACAAGAAAUCAUAGAUCCUAGAUUUGGAGAAAUUAAAUUGUAUUAGAAAAAUGAGACAGGUGAAUUAAUAUGUGUAAUUGAAAAAAUACAAACUUAACCUACUAAACCAUUUAAGAAACUUGAACAUCUUAAUUUAUUAAAAGUUUAUUAUUAUUCUGCUUCAACAUAUAAAGUAAAUUAUUAAUUUAUUACAAGGAAGUAUGUUCUACUUUUACAAAAUUAUACAUUGUUUAUGAAUACAUCAAUAAUAAUCUUAAAACUAUCAUAACUAAUAGAUAUAAGAAACAUUAAUAUUUUACUGAAUCCUAACUUUGGUCUCUUGCAUAUUAGAUUAUUGAUGUCUUAAAUUAUUUAAAAACUAAUGGUAUUUUUCCUAUGGAAAUGAGAAAUCUAUAUAUUUCAAAUUAAGGAUAUCUGAAAUUCAAUUCACUUUUUGAUAAUCAUAUGACAUCAUUCUAAUAAUUGUUUAGUUAAUUUAAUGAAGAUUUUCAUAUUUCUCCAGAAGAAUUAACACUUUUCAAAAAUUAAUCAUCUAUCAAUAAUCUUAAUCCUGAAUUAUGCUAAAUAUUUUAAUCUGGCUUAACUAUUUUAUGGGCAGCAACUCUGAAUGAUCCAUCAACAUUCUUCAAUAAAAUUGAAUGGAAGUUAAAUGAAUAAGAUCUAUAUUUAAGAAUCUCAGAAUUAUAAUACACUGAUAACUUUAAAAAUUUACUUAUUUAAAUGCUUUAAAUUAAUCCAUCUCAAAGAGGUACUUUAGAAACCUUAUUAAUUAUAAUUUCAAAAUAUAAAAAAAAUGAUGAUCUUUUAAAAAUUUAAUAACUUGAUCCCACUCAAAAUAAUCAUGAAAAUGAUGAGUAUGAGUAUUAAUCAUAAUCAUCAUAUAAUUAAUCAAAUAGAAAACAAAAACUAAAUAUAUAAUAAAAUAAAUUUUCAUAGUAUUAAAAAUAAAUCUCGUUAAUUGGUUCUAUAACUUUAAAAUCUGAAAAUUAUGAAAUCAAUAGAAAUAAUUAAUUAUUCAACAAUAAUAAAGUAAUUAAAUAAGAAAAUAAUAUUAAUCAGCAAUAAAAAUCAAAAUCAUUUUUAUAAUUUAAGACUCCUAAUUCAUCUCCUAUUCAAACUUACAGAAAGCCUCCUUCAAUAUCAGCAUCUAAAAAUCAAUUAAAUAGUACUUCUAAACCUAAAAUACCUAAUUAAUCUUAAUUUAACAAAGAUAAAAUAAGUGAUACUAGUUAUUUUUCAUAAUAAUCUUAUUUAAGUAAUAAUAAAAGUUAAAGGAGUUUAUUAGAAAAUAGGAUUGAAGAAGCUUUAAUGAAAAGUAAAUUAGCAUUAGCAAAGUUUGAUUAAACUAUUAAAUAAAAUAAUUAUUAUAAAAAUUGA